AUUUUAAUAAUGUCACAGAUUUAUCCACAAGAAUGUAGAUGUUCAUGACCACCAUGAAGUGAGCUGCCUACGUACUAUUUAAGUUAGAUACAAUUUUUGGGCACCGGUUCAAUUGGACGGAGUGUUUUUCGAGAAGCACGUAGGCAAAAAUUCUUAUUAGGCAACUCAUUAGAUUUUAACGGCAAAUGUGGCCACUAGGCACCCCAGUUUAUGGUAAAACGCCAUCUAGGAAGUGAGCUCACUAGGUUUUGAGACACUGCUGUUGUUUAUAGGGUCAUCGUAUGCUCGGAGCUCGCGCAUUUCACGCUGUGUUCUGUUCGUCAGUGAGGACGCGCAGCGAUCGUCGCCUUCUUCACCGUUAUAACGGAUACGGAUACGCUGUUUUCUUCUUUGAUCGCGUUAUGACAUUAAUAACGUUAACCAAUUACUAAAGUUCACGCGAUAAAAAUCAUUUGGAUAAACGGACGUCGGAAGGACACGUUUACGUGUUUUCCGUGGAUUUGAUUUCAUCGGAACGCGAGACAAAGCGACAUUUCUGGACAUGAUGCUCGCAUGCCUUUAUGUCCUCCUGGAGCGCGUCCUGUUGUGUAGACAUCUGCAACGAGGAAGUUAUCCAAACAAACACACGGAUCUGAUUUCAUCUGGGAUGUAAAUUGUUUAAACUAAGUGCUAUUAAAUAACUCAAGAUUGUUCUAAAACAUGGAGCAAAGAAAAUGGUCGCUUGGUUCCAGUUGCGUGAUUUUCUUUGACUGUGUAUUGUAAUGCCUUCUCUAUCAGUGAUGUUUCUCCAGGACCCAGCCGUCUCAUCAGUUCCCCGUUCACUGGAGAACAUUUAGAUUCCUGCUUUGAUUCAGCUUGUUUUUUUGGGGGGUAAAUGACAGGCACCAUGCAUUUGGGAAUGGAGGAGCCCAUCAGAGAGUGUCAGUAUAACCAGAUCUGUACACAUAACUCCUCACCCAUGGAGACCCCACACACCAUCAAGAGGAAGAGCAAAAGGAAAUGGCAGGUCUUUCCUGGACGAAAUAAGUUUUAUUGCGACGGGAGGAUCAUGAUGGCAAAGCAGACGGGGGUUUUCUACCUUACCAUGGUUCUCAUCUUGGUGACCAGUGGCCUCUUCUUUGCCUUCGACUGUCCGUUCCUGGCGUCCAACCUGACUCCGGCCAUUCCGGCCAUCGGAGGCGUGCUCUUCUUCUUUGUGAUGGGAAUGCUGCUUCGGGCGAGCUUCAGCGACCCGGGCGUCCUGCCCAGAGCCACACCAGAGGAAGCGGCGGACAUCGAGAGACAGAUAGAUGCAGCCAAUGGGCCGAGCGGUCCCGGUUACAGACCUCCCCCCAGAACAAGAGAAGUGGUGAUUAACGGUCAAACAGUCAAACUAAAAUACUGUUUCACCUGCAAGAUCUUCAGACCACCACGGACUUCACACUGCAGUCUGUGUGACAACUGUGUAGAGAGAUUCGAUCAUCACUGCCCGUGGGUUGGCAACUGUGUGGGACGGAGGAACUAUCGUUUCUUCUACCUGUUUAUCCUCUCGCUCUCGUUCCUCACCAUCUUCAUCUUCGCCUUCGUCAUUACACACGUCAUACUGAGAUCCAACAGGACCGGCUUUCUCAGCGCUCUCAAAGACAGCCCAGCUAGUGUUUUGGAGGUGGUGGUGUGCUUUUUCUCUGUCUGGUCUAUUGUAGGUCUGUCAGGGUUUCAUACUUACCUGAUCAGCUCCAACCAGACCACCAAUGAAGAUAUCAAAGGUUCAUGGUCAUCCAAACGAGGCAAAGGGAACUACAAUCCCUACAGCUACGGAAACUUCAUCACUAACUGCUGCGCUGCACUGUGUGGACCUCUGCCGCCGAGUUUGAUUGACAGAAGAGGGUUUGUCCAACCAGAUACCCCACAGCCUGUGACCCAGGCUAACGGUAACAGCGCCUGUCCGUCCAGUCAGGUUCAGAGUCAUAUGUGUGCUCAGGACCAGUGCAUUCAGAGCACCAAAUUCGUUUUGCAGGCCGCCACCAACCCGCUCCUCCACAGCCAGCCUGUCAUUCUGAGCGGAGGCCCCACCCUCCAGGCCAAAACCUCUUUGGGAGGACCGUGCUCCACUCUGGGGCCGUCUCAGCCCACGCUGCCCUCCUCUAUCCCCGGCCUUAGCUGCGGAGGAGAGCUGAUGGCCCUGCGGGACUCAGAGAUUCACUGCCAUCAUCAUCUGCACCAUCAGCACUUCAUCAGCCCAGAAGAGACGCCGUCCCCGCCCGCACCGCUGCCCUGCGCCACCCAUCUGGGUCACCACGUCCACCCGGCACAACUCUUUGAUCCGGUCAGCCAAGACUCGCUCCAUGAGGAUUCUGUGCGGGGUUUGGUGAAGCUCAGCUCGGUGUGAGCUGUUUCUAAGACCUUGCUGCCAGAAAGCCAUACUUUUAAUAGUUCGAUGGAGACGUCUUGUGAAGAUGCAAGCAGUGGGUCAUAACCGAGCUGUAUUACGAUUGGUUUUGGGUCCGGAAGUAUUUUUCCUGUUUAUCUUCUCCAUAGGCAUUUCAAGCCAAACCAGCCUGCUUUAAGAGUAAAAAAAGCGUACUUUAAUGGUGUACAUAAUCUUGAAACUCUUAUCUUAUACAUUCAGUUUGUCUAUGAAGAAAAUCAAUGGGAUUUUUACAUCUGGAACCCAACAGUGUUGGCACAAGGUGGUCGACUUUCAUGAGCUGUCAGUCAGCCCAUACUGUAGGUGGGAUCAUUCAUAUGAACAGUGUUCCCGUGUGACUCUAUCUGUUCAUUUGUGGUUCUCAAAUAUUACCCGAGCUGUUGGGACGACUGGGAAUCACAGCAGUCUUUUGUCUGUUUGUACAGCCUGUGAUUCAAAUCUUCACAAAGUCGGACACGUUAGAGACACAGAACUUGAAUGCAACGUCACUGCCUUCUUUCUCUGGGGAUCUGUCGACAACAUUAGUGGUAUUAUCUAUGAUAAUUAUGCUUUCGUUAAAUAUUCGGAUAUGUAUUGCAUCAAAUCUUAAUCAGAUGCCAACCUUAUGGUCAUGUGAUUAUGUGCCAAAAAAACGGUUUACUGGUUUUCAGCAAAAAUGGAAUAUUGUGGAUGUUAAUAAAUUCACACAUUUUUAAGGAA